CGGCUUCUAACAAACUUCAUGCUGUACAAUGUACAUUUUUCACCUUUUCAUUCAUCUGAAACUUCAUGAGGUACAAUUCUGACAUUCAUAUAACAAUAGAACAUAAAAAGGUAUAAAACAUGGAUUUUCAAAAUCGUGCUGGUGGAAAAACUGGUGGAGGGGGAGUAGCAUCAUGGUCCGAAACGAAUCGAGAUCGUCGUGAACGUUUGAGACAAUUGGCUCUUGAAACCAUAGAUCUUAAUAAAGACCCAUACUUUAUGAAAAAUCACUUAGGAUCCUAUGAAUGCAAAUUGUGUUUGACACUUCACAACAAUGAAGGGAGUUACUUGGCUCACACACAAGGUAAGAAGCACCAAGCCAAUUUAGCGAGACGUGCUGCGAAAGAGGCAAAGGAAGCACCAUCAAUGUUAGCACCGGAAAAGCCUCGCGUUGAACCCAAAAAAUUCGUCAAAAUUGGUCGACCUGGCUAUCGUGUAACUAAACAACGUUCACCUGAAAAUGGCCAGCAAAGUCUAUUAUUUCAAAUUGAUUAUCCCGAAAUUUCUGAUAACAUUGUUCCUCGGCAUCGAUUUAUGUCUGCCUAUGAACAGAAAAUUGAACCGCCCGACCGUAAAUGGCAAUAUCUUUUAUUUGCCGCAGAACCAUACGAAACAAUUGCUUUCAAGGUACCAAGCCGGGAAGUUGAAAAAACAGACGGAAAAUUUUGGACUCAUUGGAAUAAAGAUACAAAGCAAUUUUUUUUGCAAUUUGCAUUCCGUUUGGAAACUCCAAAGAUGAUGCCACCGCCUCCACCGCGUAUGCAUUUGCAAAAUUUGGGUGCACCACGAUUCAGUAGUGCACUUCCUCCACCACCACCCCUUCUAAAUUGAUUCAUUAUAAUAAAAAAAUACUUAUUCAACUCUGCUCGUAACGUAGCAUAAAAUUUCCGAA